AUGCCCGUCACAAAUCUUCGCAACCCCCUAAAACGAGGCAAGGACCCUGAGCCACGAGAAACGGAGCACAGCGACCCCGAGUCACCAGAACGCAGCCCGACGGGACAGAAGAGGCGAAGACACGACCCAACCUCACCCCUCUGCGCAGAAUGCCAAGCCUUCGACCUCGACAACUACUUCGACAAAGCUCCUUCAGUUCUCGAAGCAUGGCGUAAUGGAGAGUUGAAAGCUGGGGUGAAACCCCGCAGCACCCCAGUUCGAGCAAAGGAUGGGUCUUGGUACUUUGAAGACGCAGUACUUAUCCAUUACUUCGAAGACCGGCUGAAGCCAGACACAAAGUGCCCUUUAUGCCAGUUCUUCCGGCAAAUGAGGGUGCAGCCAGACAAGCACGAAAAGUACAAGCUGCUUGCUCUCCCUAGCAGCGAGAGCUGGCUGUUUCAAAUUGACCUGUUGAACGAAUGGAAGGAGAUGUGGGAUAAGCUUCAAGAUUCGGUCUUUAUGAUUGUUGUUCCUGACUUGGAGUGGCUGCCACCGAUGGGGCAUGAGCAUACUUGGAUUGAGAAAGAGGUUCCCUCGGUGGGAAUGAUAUGUCGGUUGCGAGCUGACGAGGCGCCUGAAGAGUUAAUGCGUCCAAGGGAGUUGCGAAACGAGGUGGAUAUAGGUCUCGUGCGAGACUGGCUGGAUAACUGCAUGAAGAAACAUGGGAACGCUUGUAGGAGCAGGACUUCAGAUGAUGUUGUUGAACGCGGCUUCAGGGUGAUUGACUGCGAAGCGGACCCUCCCAAGGUAGAAGUCCAACCGUGGGGGGUUCCCUACGCCGCGUUGAGCUACGUGUGGGGAACAAACCCUGAGGAUCAAGUUGAAUGGCCAAGGACCGUCCUGGAUGCCGUUGGUGCAACGAAAGAUAUCGGACUGCGAUACCUUUGGGUCGACAGGCUGUGCAUCAACCAGUCAGACGGUGAUGAAAAGGCCUAUCUGGUCUCCAAAAUGGCAGCCAUCUAUGAGGCAGCUGAAGUAACCAUUGUCGCCGCGGCCGGCAACGGUGCCGGUCACGGUCUUCCGGGUAUUCGGGACACCCCCCGAAGACCACAGCCAUACUACACUCUUGACAGCGGGAACGCUCUUGUCUCGACUCUUCGAGAUCCGCGCCGUGACAUUCUCGAAUCAAGCCACUGGACGCGAGGCUGGACAUACCAGGAAGGUAUCCUCUCCAACAGACGCAUCGUCUUUACCGAACAUCAGGUCUACUGGGAAUGUCGAAACAUGGCUGCUCAAGAGAGUAUCGACACUAAGCUCUUUCACAGAUUCUCACAAGUUGAGUUUGCCGACGAUGACGGGGCAGCCAAUAGCAAAGUUCUCUGGAAAGAGCGAGAAGAUGAAGAGCUUGUCAUGGCCGACUUCAUGCUAGGCGGGAUCUUCAAAGGCGACGCUUCGAGCGGAGGCCCAUUCUGCAGCGCCGAAGGUUCCGUCCAUACCGGAGGGGACGAUCCAUACCGUCUGGACUAUGGCUUCCCGCCGCACCUCAGCGCCACCCUCCGUGCGCAACUCCGCGGACUUAACGAGCACAUUCGGGCGUACUCCCACCGGAGGUUGACCCACGGUACAGAUUUCCUGCCAGCGUUUUCGGGAAUCACCAGCAUGUACAGACGCUUCCCUGAGCUUUACCUCCUCCACGGCCUGCCUCUCUACCUCGACGGCAGUGUCCCAGCCUGUUCCACCACGCAAGUUACUUUUGCCAUGUCAGCGAGCGGGUGGUAUCACCGGAGCAGUAUACAGCCAGAAACAACAUUCAUCUCAGAGCCUUGCUCUCGAAGGCCACACCUUCCGUCAUGGACCUGGGCAGGAUGGGAGGGACCUGUUUCCUGGCGGGCUCCUCCCGCUAUCGAGCACUGCUCCCACAUGACGGACAUGAUUGACGCCAUCUCGGCGAAGCAGCCCCCGGAUCCCCUCUGGGUAGCGGAAUUUCACGUCUUCAACUCGGCGCCUUUAGCAGAGAAUAACAUGCCUGCACGAACGGUGAGGCUGAGGGAAUGCCAUUCUGGUGAAGCUCUCGAUGCAGAACAGCCAGAUGCGAUUGUGCUCCAAAAUCCGUAUGUGCUGAAGUAUUCCACACGACAUCCAGUUAGCAAAAGCAAGAAGAAAUGGGAUUGGACAGCCAGGGCGGGAAGGGUGGGCAGCAGGUCAGUUCAGUCUGACCAAAAUGUUCCGUGGGAUACGAAACAGUAUCGGAUUGCUGGGAGACUGUCAUUUGUUGCUAUGAGUGUGGAAAUGACGGAGGAGGAGUGGACAAAAAAGCACUUUGACGGGGAGCUGGUGAGUGUUUUGAUGUAUGCGACGAGGUGGAAUCCUGAAGAGCAGAGUGGCCAUGGAGGGGCGCAUUUCAUGACGUUGAGAAAAGUGAGGACUUUCAGGGGUCGUACUUCGAUUUGGGAGAGGGUCGGGGUGCUUUACUUGGUGAUUCCCAAGGUCUCGCUGGACAAGUGUGUGACGGGGGAUGACUUGUUAAGGCAGGCUCCGGUGGAGAGACAGGAGAUGACUGUUAUUAUCGAGUGA